UAUGUUUUAAUGAAAAUGCUGUUGGAUUCAUUUACUGUGGCCGUUGGUGCAAUUUUGACGCUGCUGCUUGUGGUGGGACAAGUAACAGCCGAAAUCAAAUACACCGUUGUUGGCCCUGGCAGCAUUAAAUCUAACCGCGACUACAAUGUGGCCAUUGCAGUGCACUAUACUAAGGAACCGGUAACAGUGAAGAUCGGGAUUACUGGACCAUCACAUAAUGAGACCCGAACUGUCGAGUUCACCAAGUCUAACGUCUUCAAGCAGCUCUCCUUUGAAUUGCCCCCCCUACAGCCAGGUGACUACGAUCUGACGGCUGAUGGCGUAUCGGGCUUGGUGUUUAAAGAUUCAGUGCGUCUAAUUUGGGACUCACCAAAUCCAAUGUUAUUUCUGCACAUUGAUAAGUUUGAAUACAAACCCGGCGAUACUGUCAAUUAUCGCGUAAUGAUCUUGGAUGAACAGCUGCGACCGAAUCUGAAAGCCGAGGACAUUGUAGUCUGUCUGAGGGAUCCAACGGAUUUUUACAUCGAUAAAGCUAGGCCAGCAAGGACGACAACCGGGGUGUAUACGGGAAAAUUCCAUCUAUCCAAGCUUGCCAGUCUGGGCGAAUGGACAAUUGAUUUCGAGGACACUGACGGGGAACCAUAUAGAUCCGAUGUCUAUACAUUCACCUUCUUUAACGUGGAGCGGUAUGUUGAGCCCAAGUACUUAGUGAGGAUAGAUGCUCCGAAGCUCGUAUCCGUCAAGGAUGGUGUUGUGCAGAUAUUUGUAUUAGCAAAGUACAGCUACGGCACUCGUGUAGAGGGAAAGGUCGUAGUAAAUAUUGAACUAUUUUCUGAUGAAAGUGUGAAAAAACUUACCAAUCACACAGUAAUGGUAGCGCAAGACAUGGUCAAAGGAAAGGCCACGUUUGAUAUUAACCUUAAUCAGUUUGCCAGUUGGGUAACUAAACAAAAUUCCAAGUAUUUGGUUGCAAUUAACGCAACGGUGGAGGACCAUCUUACGGGAAAAAAGAUCACGGAAACUGGAGAAUUAAAAUUAGUUCUUAAUCGCCAUCUGGUAUCCUGUGUGGACAUGCAUGAGUGCUAUACAUAUUCGAAAGAUAAGGAAAAGGAGGUGAUCAUCAGCAUAACCAAAUUAGACAGCACCCUGCCAACUGACACUGAUUCAGUGGUGAAGCUCAAGUAUUCAGAGGGAAAACAGGACUUUUUCGGUGUCUAUAACCGUCCGUCCGAGAACAAAAACAGAACCUUCAUCUUCGAUGGCCAUUUAAAUACGUCUGGCCUGGUUGUUUUUAAGGUAACUCUACCAGGGUUUCCAAAUAAGAUGCGUUUUUGGCCCUAUGACCUUACUUUGUUAUAUGCCGGUGAGCAGUAUGAACUCAGGCAAGCGUUUCCAGUUAACUUAUGGGGUGGUGGGUUUAAACUGGGUAAAAAUAUUGCGUGGAGCAAGACACAACAUUUCUCCCUUUAUGUACACGGACCCAGGGACAGCAAAGGGGCGCUUGUGGGUCUACGAGUCGGAGAUGAGUUUGAGGUGACACUAAGCUCCAUUGUCCCUUUUAAAUACUACAUAUACACAAUUAUUGGCCGCGGAAACAUCCUGCACACCAAACGCAUCGAUCUCGUGCAGCCCAAAACGGCGCAUAACUUCACCGUGAAAACCACUUUCCUGAACUCCCCCAGAGUAUAUAUAUACGCCUACUACAUAAGCGAAGACGGUGUUUUAUAUUACACUGAGACAAACUACCUGGUACUUGUGAGUUUCUCAAACGAACUUGUCAUUUCCGCGCCAUUGGCUGGCAAACCCGGAGACAAAGUCGAUGUGGAAAUCACUACGGAGCCCACCUCGUUCGUUGGUCUCUUUGCUGUUGAUGAGAGGUUGAUUCAAAGUAAUAAAAUACGUAAUGAAAUGCCACACAGCGAUCUAGAUUGGCGCUUGGACCAAUUUAAUUCGAGAACGUACUGUCACUGCCCCGGAUCAAGUUCUGGCUUGGUCACUAUGACCAAUGCCAAUUUUUCGUCAAAAAGCGGGUUUCGAGCCAUCAAUUCAGCAGACAGUGCUUAUCCCACGAACACUUCGGGACCCCCUGCCUCUGGUAUACCAAAAAGAACCUUUAAUGCAUUCGGCUUUUCUUGGAACUCUGCAGAGUCCUGGUUCUUUACGGACAUUGAAAGAACGGAGACGGCUGUCUCAAAGUUGAGCCAUACGCUGCCGGACGCAUUGGGCAGAUUGGUAAUAAAUGGCUUUUCCUUACAUCCCCAGAAGGGACUGGGUGUCCCCCCAAAUAGCAAAAUGACAGUGAUCUCGACAUCUAUCCCGUACUUCAUCUCCGUACGCCUGCCCCACUCAAUGAAACUUGGAGAAUGGAUCAGGGUGCCAGUGAUUGUCGACAACUAUGUUCCUCAAGAGUUCGAUAUGGAGGCCACACUGGACAAUCCAGAUGCGAAAUUCGAUUUCGCAGAUGCAUCCAAUCAAGGACAGAAUCUCACUCAGGUCAUCCGUGUGGGAGCCAAUGAGGCAGCCGGUGCAUCAUUCCUGAUUCGUCCAAAGGUGAUUGGAAAUAUUCUGCUAAAGUUUUCAGCCAUCUCUCCUUUGGCAGGCGAUGCUGUCCACAAGUCGCUUAAGGUAAUCCCAGAAGGAAUCACAAAAUAUCAGAAUCGAGCCUUCUUCGUCAAUCUCAAGGAUGUUGGAGAGUAUAAAAACACCUUUGAACUGGAAGUGCCGGAGGACAUAGUUCCAGAUUCGCAGCGAGUGGAAUUCGGACUUGUAGGCGAUCUGCUCGGCCCAGUGAUCAAAAACCUAGAGAAUCUCCUGAGAUUACCCAGCGGCUGUGGCGAGCAGACAAUGUUUAAAUUGGUUCCCAACUAUUUAGUAAGAGACUACCUAAAGAGCAUCAAGAAACUAACUCCUGCCAUUGAAACACGCAUCAAGAGAAACUUACAAGAAGGCUAUCAGAAUAUGCUGCACUAUCGUCACGAUGAUGGGAGCUUUAGUUCCUUCGGCCCAGGCAAAUGGAGAGAGGAAGACCCUGACCGCAAUGGCUCUACCUGGCUGACAUCUUAUGUCUUGCGAUCUUUCCGUAAUAUCAAAGAUAUCAUUUAUUUGAAUGAGAAUUUGUUUACCAGUGCAUACAAAUUCCUUCUGAGCCGUCAGGCAGAGAAUGGCAGCUUCACCGACGCAAGAGAAUACUUCUACGGAUCGCAGCGCUCUUCACUGACUCUUACAGCCAACGCCCUGCUGGCACUACUCGAGCAAGACAAGAAGAACCAGACAGCCAUAGACAAGGCCGUGGCCUAUCUGAGUGCCCACACAGAGGAGUCUGAGGAAUUGCUGCCAAAAUCUAUAGCCGUCUAUGCAUUGCAAAAAUCAAAGGCUCCAGACGCCGCUAAACAUGUGGCAAGCCUCAAAGCCCUAGCACAGCAGGAAGACGACCGCACAUGGUGGACGGAGGACACAGAGAAGCUGCGGGCUUUCAAGGGCUGCCGCCGUUGGUGGUGUUGGGUCUGGAGCCACGACGUAGAGAUCACCUCCUAUGCGCUGCUCACACUGCUGGAAACAGAGCAGGAGACACCGGACUCGGUUUUGAACACUAUCCGCUGGCUAGUGGCGCAGCGCAAUAGUUUUGGAGGGUUUGCCUCCAGCCAGGACACAGUUGUAGGUCUGCAAGCCCUGAUCAAGUUCGCUGAGAAGUCGGGCUAUGAAGCAGCCAAGUGGGAGGUGAGUGUCUCUAACAAGGGAAAGCGAGAGAAGACCGAGAAACUGAGCGCCACGGAGGAAAACGAUCUGGUGCUGCAGACUGUCGAGUUUCCACAGGGUACCCAGUCGCUGGAGUUCGAGGCUAAGGGCACAGGAGCAGCUCUGAUUCAGAUUAGCUAUCAAUACAAUGUGGUAGAGAAGGAAACAAAGCCCAGCUUUAAAAUACAAACAAUUGUCAAGCCAGAAUCCUCGCCAGCCAAGCUGGAACUGAGCGUGUGUGUGGAGUACGUGGAGGAGGGCAAAGCGAAGGCCUCCAACAUGGCCAUACUAGAGGUAUCCUUGCCGUCUGGGUAUACCGCCGAUGAAGAUAGCUUCAAGGACAUAAAAGACAUUGAGCGUGUCAGGUUGGUGGAAACCAAAAACGGCGAUUCUGUGAUUGUUGUAUACUUCGAGAAUCUGCUGAGGGGUGAACUCAAAUGCAUACCCUUCGACGCUUUUAGAACCCAUGCGGUGGCCAACCAGAAGCCCGCUCCUGUUGUCCUCUACGACUAUUAUGAUACGAACAAGAAGGCCACCGAAUAUUAUCAAAUUGAAUCGAAGCUCUGCGACAUUUGCGAAGACUCUGAGUGCAAGGCUGCUGUGAGCUAUCUUAAGUAGAGUUCCUGUCUUAGAUAGACUUUUAAUUUCUAACGAAAGAUAAGAAACUGCCAAUCAUCAAUUCCUUUUA